ACACGCACGCGCACACACACAAAUCAGUUUAGAUUUGUUAUGGCUACAUUCAUUAGUAUGUUGAUGCUAUAUCUUCCAGACUAUGUACAUGACCUCAUGAGGCUGCUCAUGGAGGUUUUUGAGGACCCAACAUCAUUUGACGAGGAAAUGAAGACUAUCCCCAUCCCUCCAGACCUUUCAGCAGAAAAUACACGCACUCCGAAGGCUGAGCUGGUUGCCCGUCACGUCUCCCGCUUCAAUCUAGAGGUGGUCUGAAGCCUAUGUAGUCACCAGGGGCCGGUAUUUCAAAAUGAUCCGACAGGAUUAAUCCACCUGGAUUGGAUUAAAUCCUGAUCAGAUCCUAAAAACGGGUAUUUCAAAGCAAAUCUGAUCCUGAAGAUUCAGAUUCAGAUUUGGCAAUCCAAUCCUGCCUUUGAUCCGGAUUAAAAGCUGCUGUUGAGUAUUUCAAAACUUAAGUGGGAAAUCUGGAUCAGUUUGAUCCUAAAAAUCAGGAUCACCCUGAUCCCACCUCAGAGGUGGAUUUGAGGGAGAUUACAUGUUAAGAUUUGAACAGUUGAAGUGUAACUGCUCCCAAAGUUCUUUGUUUAAUACAACUAAGCUUCACUGCUGUUUGAUCAAUGUUUAUUUCCUUUUCACGUUCCUUUUUUUUUUCUGCAAACAUGCACGCUGUUCACUGCAAUGCUUUAACAAAUCGGCGUCAGAAGUGCAACACAGAAUAAACAUUACACUACUGCGUGUAAGUGACAUUACAAACUCCAAUUAACAAGGAAUUAUGAAGGAAAAACAAUGUGAUUUAUUAAACAAACAGUGUUAAACUAUGCAGUAUACAUUUCAGUCUUUUAACUGCUUUUCCAGCAACUGAAUUCUUAACUUCACUUCUUCUUGUUUAAGAAGUGUUAGUUUGAUUUGUUCAUUUGUUAGAAUUAUUUGUUGCUGAGCCCGUUCCGUUUCCACCUUCAGUAGUUCAUUGUAGCCAUCCCCCUUCUCAGCUUGCCUUUUGCGCUUACAUGGUGGUGGUGGUGCCGGUGGAUUCCACAUCUCCUCCAAGACAGGGCUCUGGCUUGUGCUGGGCUCUUCAAAUGCCAGCCCCACAGGGGUGAGGGUGACCAAUUCAGCAGACAGGUUCAGAGGCUCCGUGGGGUCGAUUGACUCCCCUGUACCAGCUGGCAGUAUUCCAAACAAGACUUGGGAACUCUCACCUCCUAUGAUGUCCAAAACCGUAUCAGUGAACUCCCCACGUUUUAUGGACUUGUUCCCUGUUUGGGGGUUUUUCGCCUCAGAAUGGUCCUUCGUAGCCUUUUGCUUUAAGUUUUUCCACCUAAGCCGAACCUGCUCAACACUCCGCCGUUGGCCACUACCAGUGGCAUUAAUUUGCCUUGUUAUGUCGGCCCAUAUUUUAUUUUUUACUUUUGAGGACAGAGAACUCUGUCCAGGACCACUAAAACCUCCAAAAAGGGCCUGGUAAUUGGCACGAACACCCUCCAAAAGGGCCGUUGUCUCUGCUGUUGUGAAAUUACUUCCUUUAUUCUUCUCCAUGUUGUCUGAGAAAGCCCUAUCACUAAGGAAGGCCUUAAAUACCAUAAAGCUAAAUUGAAAGCAGGUGAGAAAGAACAGGUCACAGACUUUAAAACUGGGCUCGUUAGGUCAAUGACCUUUGCUUCUUCAACAUGACAUCCAUAGUACAUGUCCUGCGGCACCGUCAGAGACAAUACAAGCCUCGUCAGUAUGUCCAACGAGGUAAUUUCAUUGAGCAGUACUCAAAUGAUGAGCUUUAUGCACGGUUUAGAUUUCGAAGAGAAGAUAUUUUGUAUAUAUGUGAAAUUCUUCGCCCACAUCUUCAACGUCCUACAAGAAGGAGUCAUGCCUUAACUGUGGAGGAGCAGGUGCUUAUUGCCCUACGUUUCUUUGCCUGUGGAUCCUUCUAUGAAGUCAUUGCAGAUGGCCUGGCUGUGACAAAGUCUACAGUGGGAGACGUCAUGCAUUCAGUGGCAGCAGCCCUGGCUGGUCUAAUUCACCAGUAUGUGAGAUUUCCAGAUACUGAGGAAGAAAUAACACAAACCAAGAGAAAAUUCUUCUCAAUUGCCAGGAUGCCUAACACUAUUGGUGCCAUUGACUGCACCCACAUACACAUUCAGGCACCCCAUGAAAGAGAAUGGGAAUUUGUCAACAGAAAGGGACGGCAUAGUAUCAACGUGCAGCUCAUAGGGAAUGCUGACCUUAAAAUAACCAACUGUGUUGUGAGAUGGCCUGGUUCUGUACAUGAUGCACGGAUUCUAAGAGAAAGUCAUCUCUACAGAAGACUGCAACAAACUGCGCCGGAUGGUAUCCUCCUGGGUGACAGUGGCUACCCACUUCUACGGUGGCUUAUGACCCCCUUUGCUACUGUCACAUGUGACCCACAGCAGAGGUAUAACAAUGCACACAGCGCAACAAGGGGAACAAUUGAGCGUAUCAAUGGUGUUUUAAAACGCAGAUUUGCCUGCCUGAACUAUCUUCGUGUGGAGCCGAAGCAGGCCUGCAAUAUAAUAUCUGCCUGCAUUGUUCUUCAUAACAUUGCCCAAUUGAGAAGAGUUCCUCUGAAUGAAGACAUCCUGGACAGACCACCACUUGAGGCAGAAGUACCACAGCUGCAGCCACCACCACCACCACAUCAAGCAGAUGAACCAGCAGGAAGAGCAGUUCGAAAUGCCAUGGUUAAUUUGUAUUUCUCUUGAUCCUCAUUGAUAAGGUCUGGUGCUUUUGUUUAACAAAACUUCGAUUUGUAUGUUUAAGUUUGAAUAUGAAUGCCUUAUUUAAGUAACAGUUUUUUUUGUUAAGUUACCCACUGAUAAAGGCCUCCACUGAAACUCUGUCUAAUGUUUUUAUUCACAUGCAUUCAGCACACACACUUAAUUUUCAUAGCCAAAGCUCAAAAAGUAAUGCCAUUUGGAGCAAGUCUGUGCAAGUCUCUUCCCACAGACAUCUGUAAAGAAAAUCUAAUAUUAAGGUUUUAGGGCUGUCCCCUUUGUUAACAACUGUUUCCUAAAAAGAUAUGUACAACACAUUUUAAAAUCUACACACAAUGCCUUGCGAGUGAAUGCAUUCAAAUGGACUGUGGACCGCGACAUACAGACGCUAGCCUAUUUACUAGCUUGUUAGCUCCUUAACACAGGCGUCAAUGGAGCAGCGUUAGCUCGCAUUAGCGCAAACUCUGCUUAAUUAGAGAUCGCCGAGCUCUUCUUUCAACUCUGUGCUGAUUUACAUAAUUGGUUAACUCAAUAUAAUGAUUGCCUUUCAUCUAGUCUGAGGACGCAUCAACACUGGCUAAGUUUAUACUUUAAUUCAGAGACAAUAGUUGAGCUAGCUUCUCCUUUUUCUGUAAAAUGUUGGCUCCAUUUCCUGUUUCCUGUCUGUGAUCCAGGGGGCGGGACGGAUUUGGACAUCCCAAUCUGCCGGUAUCAGGAUCACUCUGAUCCAAUCCAGCAAAGUUUUGAAAUACCGGGAUAGAUCAGGUUGAUCCGUGGCUGAGGACAGGGGGAUUUGGUUAUCCGGAUCAUUCUGAUCUGGAUUACAAGUUUUGAAAUACCGGCCCCAGAUGGGAACUGCUGCCGUAUCCGCUGCACCACACAUGACGGGAGGACGACCCGACAACUAUGUCCUAAAUAUCCCCAGCACCAGCUUACAAAGCUGCGAUAGGCAAGAUGCCUGAAACGCCUAAGGGAAAAAGAGCAGAACUUUCAGACCACCUGUUUUCAACAAUAACCUCUUAUAGGCUGGGCCUACACUGGGCCUUACUGUGCACCCCCCACCUCCCAACGAAACCAACUAUUUUUUAAUGGUCUGACCAUGCUGAACAUAAAAAAAUAGUUGGCUUCGUUGGGAGGUGGAGGUGCACAGUAAGACCCCGUUGCUCGCGGCCUAAUAGUUUUAUUCUGUUUUUCUUCUAAUGGUAAAUUGAUUCACAUAAUAUUAAUAGUAUAAUAUUGCUUUGGUUUUGUUUAGUAGGAGCUUAGACAAAAUUACUUACUCUUCAUUUGUUGUGUGCCUCACAGGUCCAUAAUCAUACUUGUAAAUAUUGUAAAUAUUUUGUAGACUGUAUAUGUUUAGACACACAGGCUCCAGGCCUGGAUGUUGUGUCAUACAGGUAAUUGAUUCUGGCACUUGGCUCAUUCGUCGUAGUACCUAAUAAAUACAAUAAGACAAAAUAACUUCUGUGUAAAGUGACCUUGACCUCGGAGUACAACAUGACUGCAUAGGACAAUACAGAUUCAGGAAGCAACAUCUGUUUUCCAGUCAUACUUUUAUUGAA